AUGUUCCAGUUACUUUUGACAGUGUAUCCCUGGUUACUUGUCCCGCCUGCCGUAUACUUUACCAUAUUCGUCGCAAUCAGGAUCGUCAAUAGGGUCCCCUGUCGCCCUUAUCUCUUACUCAUUCCCUCCGCAUCUCAUCUGGUUCUUCACUAUCUUCACUUAUAUAUGUACGACAUCCUUGACCCUUAUGAGCCGCUACCAUGGCCACUUGUUCGCGUCACUGGCGUGACUAGUUUUGUUAUUAUCAGCUAUACGCUUAUUAUCUGUUUUGGGCGUCAGUGCCGGCAACCUCAAGCAGCAGAAUCGGAGAGGGUACAUUCUGCCGCUCCGGUAAUGAAUAUCCAAGAUGGUCAGGAGGACAAAGACAAGACCCGAGAACGCAGCGACGUCACGAGAAAAUCCGAUAUCCCCUUAUACAACCCUAACUAUAGGUAUCUCAAGAUGCUCCCUAGCCAUAACUCAUCUGCUGGUCACGCUAUAUGCGAAGUGUGUAAAUUGUGCGAAAAGUUUGGUGCUCACUACGAAGAUUCUUUUAAAACGUGUCAUUUAGGAAUGGAUUGCGCCAAGCGUAAAUCUCCUACUCGCACCCAGCAAGACUCACCUGUUCGCCCCCGACAUAAAGCGCCUACACACAUCCAGGACAACUCACCUACUCGAACCCAGCGUACUUCACCUGCAACCUUUGACCGUCUGUUCAACUACCGAAUGGCAGUUGUUGUUUGGUGUAUCCUUAUUGUCUCUAUGUAUCUUCUUAUCGAUAUUCACUUCCUGACCGCCCAAUCCCAGCAUACACUUUUUCAUGUGAGAGAAAAUGGCAUUGUUGAACUUGCCGUGAUAGCAAUGAGAUUGGUCUCUCUUUUCUGGCUGAUAUCGAUUGCUGCGUUUUAUCUGAUACGUUGGUUCGUGAUUUAUCCAACGCAGUGGUUCGGAUUGCCAGUGCUAUAUUUCUGUAUGGCCAGGGCAGAUCCAAGGAUUUCGCUCCUCGAAGUGUGUGAUAAUGCGGUAGAAAUCGCACAUUGUGUCGAGGAAGGAUCAGGAUGGUCCAAAACAAGCAUCGUGGUUGGAUGGCUCAGGGAGUCGGUAGUUAGAGCCCAACAGCUCGAGCAGCGAAAGAAGGGCAGGGUAUGA